AUGACUGGUCGAGGAGGCGGUGGCGGGCGCAAGGUGCUCCUCCCUCCCAUCAACUUCAUCUUCAAGCUGCUGCAGUCGCAUGCCACUGUCAAGAUCUGGCUCUAUGAGCAACUCGCUAUAAGGAUUGAGGGAAAGAUUAGAGGGUUCGAUGAAUUCAUGAAUCUCGUCAUCGACGACGCCGUGGAGGUCAAGCAAGUUACCAAGACAAAUCCCGAGGAAAAGAGAAGGUCACUAGGUCAAAUCUUGCUCAAGGGCGACAAUGUUUCGCUCAUCCAGGAGGCCGUAUGA